AUUUUCCAACAUCAUGAUUCUCUAGAAUUUGAUAACUUAUAGUUUCUAAUAAGAUCCAUUGGUACUCUUUCCCUGUUGUAGUCAUUUCUGUGAUGGUUAUUCGCAUCCAAGCAAGAAGUAACGAUGAUGGAACCAUCUUCCUGGAGCGAGGCCACCCUGGCAUCCUGUCCUGCCCUCUCGUCGCAUCCGGACGAAUCCCGCUGGAUCAGAUCGAAGUCAUGUACUGGUACUUCCCCCGAGUACGAGACGAAGACAUCUUGAUCUCCUACUUCCUAGGGAAUAUUGCUCCACAAAACGGCAUCCCAGAGGGCGUUUAUAACAUUAACGGCAACUUCUCUCUGGUUAUUGAGAACGUCACUGACUCAGAUGAAGGGACCUACUUCUGUAGGAUCAAACCGAAGUUAGAAGUUAUGGUUGAUGGGCACGUGACUAAGCGUGUCAGAGUAUCUCCCAAAGAGCCGUUUCCCGACGUAACUCAAUGCACUGAACGUAUCUCCGAGAGUGCGUGCGAGGCAGAGUUGCCGAGCGACAUCAAGAAACCAAGGCUGACCUGCAUCGUACGGGAUACCAAGCCUGCCGUGGCUCUCCGGUGGCUGCUUGAGUAUAGUGACGGCGACACACAACUCAUCAGCGACAGGUUCACCGUAAAACCGAGUGCGUAUUCGGUGAACACCUUCACCACUUCAGCAUCAAUCCCAGUUAUAGCGAGCUAUGUGGACACGAUGUACAGAUGUCAAGCAUACGGGGACGCUCUGGGCGCCAGGAAUGGUAGCCACGUGACGGUGACAGCCUUCUACACCCUCCAAACACCACGUGAGCCUGGAUAUUGA